CCUGCCAUUUAAAAGCUCAGAGACAGCGCGAGCCUGCUAACCUACAUACAAACGAGGUCAUGAGCGACAUGAUGUAGUUUUUUAUUUUUUAAAUCUGACAUAUAAAGAGGAUAAUUAAGAGGAGCGGUUGUUGCGUGUGUGUAUUUAAAUGGGAAAUCUGUUGGGCAGCUGGCGUUUCAAGGAGCCGAGCACCGUGGAGGAAUGCGACUCGACGUGGGGGUCGGACUCCGAGAGCGACGAGCUGCUGCUGCUGGCGGCUGAAGAUGACAGCGGCAUCUCCGACUCCGUCAGCCCGCCGGAGAGCGACCGAGCCCCGGGAGAGCCCGGAGACUCGUCCCCGCAGCUGACUGACUCCCCCGAGUCUCUUCCAAAGAUGAAGAGGAGUUUCUACGCUGCCAGAGAUCUCUAUAAAUACCGUCACAGCUACCCGAACUACAAAAGGUCCCGGCAACCCAAUGAGUACCGAAACCUACGCUUCUACCUAAACAAGAUCCCUCUGGUACCUGAUGGUAUCUUCGUAGAAGAGAUUUUGUCCAAGUGGAGAGGAGACUAUGACAAACUGGAGCACAAUCACACCUACAUUCAGUGGCUGUUUCCAUUGAGGGAACAAGGGCUAAACUUCUACGCAUAUGAACUGACUCAGGACGAGAUCAAAGAAUUCCAAAGCACUCGUGAAGCCAAGCGGAGAUUCCUGGCAGCCUAUUCCCUCAUGUUGGACUUUUAUGGCAUCAAACUGCUGGAUAAGAGUGGAAACGUUGCCCGGGCUCCCAACUGGCAGGAGCGCUUCCAGCACCUUAAUGAGUCCCAGCACAACUACCUGCGAAUCACUCGCAUCCUGAAGUCCUUGGGCGAACUGGGCUACGAGGCCUUUAAAGCUCCACUGGUUCGCCUCUUCCUGGAGGAGUCACUGUUCCACAACACCCUUCCAAACAUGCAGCACAGCGUCCUGGAGUAUUAUGUCUACACCAUGCGUCUCCCAGCCACUCGCAGGCGCCUGCUUCGCUACGCCCGCCAGCACUACCGCCCCGCACACGCCUUCCUCUGGGGUCCACCGCCUAAAAGGCGAGGCGGUGGUGUUGGUGUUGGCACUGGUGCUGGGAGUAGUGGCAUCAGAGCACCUGCUCCGACACCAGAGCCGCAGCGGAGAGAGCAGGAGAGCAACACCUCCCCCAUUAUUGUGUCUUCCCAUGAUACCGUAAUGUGCCAGGACCUGGUCCGUGCAGGACUGAAGGGCUGCACAGGAAGUAUGGCCAGAGUUGAAGGAGGGCUGAUGUUGGGCGGCGCUAGAGGAUUGAGGAGUGAAUACAAUGAAGUCGUUCCUUUGUAG